CAACCUGAUUGAUCAAGGUUCAAUCUUUAUCAGCUGGAUGUUUAUUUUCUGACCAAGGAAAUGUUUAUUUAAAAUUUUAAGUUUUUAUACACAAAAGCAUGUAGAAAUACAUUGAAAAGUCAUCAACAAAGCUAAUCAAAUAAGAGCAACACGAAGGAAACUCAAAAAGCAUCAAAAUACACUGAAAAUCUCAAAAUUUUACUAAUUUCUUGUGUUAGAAUAAUUUAUAAAUUUCCAAAUUUCUGGAAGCAGACUUAACUUGAAGAAGAACAAAAAUAUGCACAAGGCGCAAGAAGUAGAACAUCGCUUAUCACAGAACAACUCAAAGGAUGACUAGAAUAAAACUGUUUAUUAAUCAUAAUAAAAAGUCAUUGAAUAAAAUGCAAAGAUUAUCUCUAAACAUCUGUUUGCACCCAAUUUACCAAAACUUUAAAUAUUAAUCAUCAAUCCGGGAAUCACACUUUAUCAUUGGGUUUGUUUACAAAAUAAAGUAAAAGAGAAUCAUUGCCAAAUUCGCUCAACAAAGAGAAGGAAAUCAAUUGAGCAUAAUGAGCAUCAUCCAAAAUAAUUUGACUAUAUUUAGCACUCAAUCAGUUCGCAUUUAGUCGUCCGCGUGUUGAGUCGAAAGGAAAACAAACAGAGAUCUUUGGCAAUUAAUCCGAUUAAUGCAUGAAUCAAUUGAACCGUGAAAAGAGAUUAAAAUGAUGAAAACAAUUAAUUUAUUUAAUGGUGUCAUCAUAAAGGUGAAGAACUUCUAUUGCGAUUAUUAAUGUGCAAUAUUUUGUAUCGUCAAAUAAAAUAUAAAUUUAAAGUGAUAUAAAAUUGACUUGUAAAGGAUUUUAAGAGAUUAAUCAUGAGAUUAACUGUGAUAUUAGUUGUUUUGCUUGCCGUCAUUAAAUGUGAUAGCACUUGGCCUUUCUACUACGAAGACAGUGAAAAUAAUAUGCAUUUACGUAGACAGACUUACGAUAACCAUGACCUUGCACCACAAAAUUUUCAUUUUCAACAGAUGAAUGGUAAUGUGCAAGUCAAUAACUUCCAAAGAGCAUGUAAUUGCGUCAAAUUAAAGCAUUGUGAUCCAAUAAUGAACAUGGUAAGACAUAUGUAUAGUGGAGUGAUUGCUAAUUACAUAAAUACUCAGCUACAAGUCUAUCAAUGCAAGUACGUGAAAGGUGAAAUGUAUGUCUGCUGUCCAAAUUAUUAUAAUGGACAAGGAUAUAACUAUCAAGAAUGGCAAAAGCAGUCGAAAGAAUUUGCUAAGAAGUGGAAUUUUGGUGGUGGAUACGAUGACAGUUCAGAAGAACAAAGUGGCUAUCAAAAAAUCCGUCCACAUGUGCAACCACAGAGUAUGCCUCAAUAUGUCAGCUAUCCAAUUCAAGGAUUUUAUCCAUUUACAAAGUCUAAUAUUCAAAAACCAAAAACAUUUUAUGUUAAUCAUGAAGAUGCAGCAACACAUAAGAAUUGUCCACAGCCAUUUUCUCAGGAAUUUAGGCUUCCAAAUAAUCAUACCUUUUAUCAAGAAACUACUACAAUCGAACCAGUAGUUCCAGUUGUUACAACACCCCCUACAACAACCUCGACAACCUCGACAACAACCACCCAAACUCCAAUUGUUGCGGCACUUCCAAGAACUUUACAAGACAAACUAAGUUUAAUUAAUCAAAAUUGUGGAAAGUCGAGUGGAACUAGAAUAAUAGGAGGCGAAGAUGCAGGAAUUGGUAGAUUUUUGUGGGUAGCACGUAUAGCAUAUCGAAAUCGAACAUCUGGAACUAUUUCUUAUCGAUGUGCAGGCAGUGUCAUUUCUAGUAGAUUUAUCCUCACGGCUGGUCAUUGUGUAUCCAAUCUUAUUGAAUCACUCGAAUUAGCUUUAGUGCGACUUGGCGAUGUUGAUGUAGACCAAGAAAAUGAGUGUAAUGAUGAUGGAUUCUGUGUUAAAGAAGAAGACUUCCAAAUUGAAAAGACUAUUGUUCAUCCUAACUACAAUAAACCUCGAUAUCAGAAUGACAUAGCUCUAAUUAAACUACAUCAAUCUACAACUUCAUCUCAAUCUGUAGCUCCGAUUUGCUUACCUGUUGCGAAUUAUGAGAGAUUUGGUAAAAUUGAAGUCGGAAGUAAUGGUAUAAUUGCUGGGUUUGGUGCUUCGAGUCGUUCGUCUACAACACAAAAUCCGAGACUUCAAUGGAUACGUUUACCUUUUGUUGCAACAUCUGAAUGUGCAAGCUUUUAUUCCAAUUACUCAGCAAAUUUAGGAACAAGAAUUAUGAUUAGUAAUUUUCAGUUGUGUGUUCAAGGUAGGGAGGCUGGUGAUGCAUGUGCUGGAGAUUCUGGAGGACCACUAAUGACAGAUUCUGAUACAUCAGGAGGCAGAUACGUUCUCUUAGGUAUUGUUUCAUUCGGUCCAAGAUCAUGCGGUGCAAUUAAGGAUGCAUUGGAAGUCUUUGCUGAGUGUAUUAAAAAUGGCACAGAAAUCAAAAAUUUAUGUGAAAAGUGUACGAAUGCAACAAUCAAAUCGCAUCCAAUAUUCAAGAAACUUUUUGAUAAAAUUAUUGAAGACACAAAGGCAAUUGAGAAGCUAAAGUUAAUGAUUGAUGGUCUGCAGAAGUCAGCUGAUGGAAAUGAUUAUAACAAAUGGAGAUCUGAUUUUGGAAAUGUCAUUAAUUCACUAGAAACGUCAUCAAAUGCUACGAUUGUUAAAGUGUCACAUGCUGUUGCCUCGUCUGGUACUAAAAAGAUCAAGAAAAGGUUUGAAGAAACUGACAGAAUUUUAAGUGACACAGAUUUGACUCUAAUUAAGGACGAGACAGAAAGAAAUUUCCUGAAUGUGCUCAUACAAAGUAACCGAAAAGUAGUUGAUUGCCUUAAAUAUGCUGAAUCAUUACUUCCGAAAUUCUUCAAACUGCCAACAAAGAAAAAUCGUAAGCUUUUCAUUAUUGGCGAUGAUACCAGCAAAAGCAUGUCAUUCAGCAAGAAUUAUGAACAUUAUGGCGAAGUAAUAAUAAAAAGUUUAUUGCCAUCGAGUACGGGAAUGUCCAAUUCUCAAUCUGCUGUCUUUAGAGACUCACUAAAUGGAUAUUUGAUCGAUGACUUAGACAAAACGGAAGUGAUGUUGAAAUUAGUCGCAGCUGAUAAUUCUAUGAAUUUAAUGGAAUUUUCUAGAAUGGCUAAUAACUCAGAAGCUGUCAAGUUAUCAGCCACGAUCCAAAUUAAUGGUGAAAUAGACGAAGGUAUAGAAAUAGUCGAGAUCGGCGUUAUUGAAGAUUAUCAAAGCAGUAAAGGUCCAGAAGCGAUGGCAAUAGUCGAAAAUAAUCAAACUGGAGGUUUAAACAGAGUUCCAAUCCAACUAGUUCCAAUAUCACCAGAAAAAGAAAUUCAUGGAAAAAUCGUAGAAAUUCAAGCGAUGCCUGAGGAACGAGACAAGACAGAACUCCUUGAUGAUAUAGAAAUGCCGUCAUUUAAUUCUACAUUCAAGGAAGAUUCUCCGAUGAGAUUGCCUUUUCAGUUCGCCACACCAUCCAGAAAGGACAGAGAUGUACAGAGACAAGGUAGAGUUCAAGGAUUGAAUAUGAGUCUUCAACAAAGACCCGGACGUCAAGCAAUUGAUCAAUUAAUUAAAGAUGUAGCUGAAAAAGCCGUUAAUUCAAUUAUUAAGGAUCAAAGCAUUUUGGAAGAUGUCUCAGAAAUUGAGUAUGCAAAUUUGUCAAGCUACUAUGAACCUAAUCAAUCUGCUAAGCAUGUUGUACCUAGCAGAAUAAUUGAAACAUCAGGCAGAGGAAAUUUAGAAGAUAUAUCUGAAAUUGAGUAUGCUAACCUCUCAGCUUCAUAUCAUCCUAAUCAGUCAAUUAGAAAUGCAACUAUGCCUAGUCCACAAAGGGUGAUCAAUACUUCAGGAAUCAGACGAACUCCAAAUAGAACAAACAUUUCAGUAGGAAGAAACUUAGAAGAUGUUUCAGAGAUCGAGUAUGCAAACAUAUCAAGCGUCUAUGAGCCAAAUGUAAUCAAUAUGAGUAGAGCCUACAACAUGUCUAUUCAGAGUCCACAAAGAAGAGCUGAAACAUCUACAAGAAGGCAUGAAAGCAGAUUGGAAGAUGUAUCGGAAAUAGACUAUGCUAAUCUAUCAAGCCUUCAUCAAUCAAUUGGAAAUAGGUCUGUUCCUAUGUCGCAAAAAAGCCCACAAAGAAGAAUAAACACUUCAGGGAUGAGACAAGGUGGCAAUCUUGAGGAUUUAUCAGAAAUUGAGUAUGCAAACUUGUCAGGCUCUUUCCAUCCUAAUCAAUCUGUAAGAAAUCAGGUAAUUGCUAGUCCACAGAGGGUCCAAGUGCCUAGAAGUCCUCAAAGAAUCAUCGAGACUUCGGGAAGAGCUAAUUUGGAAGAUAUUUCGGAGAUUGAGUAUGCCAACAUGUCAAGCAUCCAUGAGCAAAGUCAAUCAAAUAGAAGUCGUGGUAAUAACAUGUCAAUGCAAAGUCCUAGAAGAGUUCCAGAAACUUCAAUAAGAAGACAAGAAAGUAGAUUAGAGGAUAUAUCUGAAAUAGACUAUGCUAAUUUAUCAAGUGCUUAUCAUCCUAAUCAAUCUGCUGUUAUGUCUCCCAAAAGCCCUCAAAGAAGGAUCAAUGUUUCAAUGGGAAGACAGCGUGGUAAUUUAGAAGAUAUCUCUGAAAUUGAGUACGCAAAUUUGUCAGGCUCCUUUCAUCCGAAUCAAUCUGUUAGGAAUCAAGUAGUAAUGUCACCAAAGAGUCCUGGACAGAGAAGAAUGGAAGCAUCAAUGAGGGAUAACUUGGAGGAUGUUUCAGAAAUUGAUUAUGCAGACUUAUCAGGCUUAAAUCAAUCAAUUAGGGGCCAACAUACUUCAAUAAGAAGUCCACAGCAACGAACUCAAACUCCAGUUAAACAGUCACCGAGAGCACCUAUUCGUCAACAGCCAACAGAAGGUAUUUUAAUUGAUAUCGUCAGUACACCCCCAAAAACGCCACAAAGAAAUGUUGUCUUUAAUGAUGGAAACUUGAUGCAGUUUGACAAUGAAGCAGCAAAUCAAAGUGCAUCUCGACAGCCACAAAAGAAUAGAUAUCUUAAAGAAUUGAUAAGACAGUUGAGUUCUGUAUUAAAUGAAGAUCUCUCGACGCGACUAAGACGAAGGGAAAAAGUUCAUGAUCGUUCACUUCCAAGCAGACAACCAAAAUCUGUAAGUAAAAUGAUGAACACAAGUAUGCCGACAAUACUUCCAGUUACAUCAAAUAGAAUUGUAUUUGAUCGGCCUGUUCGAGUGGUUCCAUCAAGAAUUCCUGAAGACCUUCCGAUUCCAAUGACUUCAGUUGUCGUCGAACAACCACGCGAAGUUUUAAGUCCAUUGAGGCCACAUGAAGCACAGAGAAUAAAUCAAAUGCUGCUUGAAAGUAAAGUCAAUCCGUUUACAAGCAACAGCAAUAUGCUACAAGUUCCAGCAGCUUCAAGGUCAUUUUAUGAAGAUCAAGGCAAUAGCAGUUUUAGAAACACUUCACUUCCUUUACACUUGACGCCUAGGAAAGAGAAAUUGCCAGCUAUGGAAAAAUCAUUUACAGCAGCAUGGGAAGAAACUCAAAGAUCUAAUCAAAUUCCAGAUGAUAAUGAGGACUUACAAAACAUUAGCGAUACAUUUUCAGUAUCAAUAGAUGACAGUCAUGUGAAUGAAUACAGCUAUAAAGAGGAUUUACAGAAUGUCAGUCAACCGUUCUCAGAUUCAUUUAAUGAAAUGUAUGAUUCAGGCAAUAACUUGGCACAGCAUCUACCUGUACAAUCGGCAAGACAAUUCUUAUCAAAUUUCGAUCAAAAUGAUGAUUUAGACAAUAUUAGCUUUGAGCUUCAAGAUGAUUUAAAUUGAUUUAACUGUCAUAUUAAUUUCAAAUUUUAUUCAAAGCGAAUUCCUUUUUUUUAAAUUUCAAAC